AUGAAUUUGAAAGCAUCUAAAGAGGCAGAGUUUUUCUGUUUGUUCAGUGUUGAUGCCGAAGGCCGGCUGGGUAAUAUGUUUUGGAGAGAUACGAAGUCUCUAGCAGAUUACAAUAAUUUUGGGGAUGUUUUGAUUAUUGAUAGCACCUACAAGACCAACAUAUACGGCAUACCAUUAGCCGUCUUUGUUGGUGCAAAUAACCACAGGGCGACAGUACUAUUUGGGUGUGCAUUGUUGGCUGAUGAGAGUGAGGACACCUACAAUUGGGUGGUUACAGCCUUUUUGACUUCCAUGAGGGGGAAAAAACCAAUAUCGGUCCUCACUGACGGGGACGAGGCAUUGAGAAAUGCAGUUGUGAAUCUCAUUCCGGAGGCCCGACAUCGAUUGUGUGCAUGGCACAUUGCUAAGAAUGUUGUAACAAAUGUUAGGGAUGCGGAUGUCCAAAGGGAUUUUUGCCACCUAAUUUUUGCCGGACUCGGAGUUGAUGAGUGGGAAAAGUCGUGGCAUUACAUGGUGACAAUGAAUGGGCUUCAAGACAACAAAUGGGUUGCUGCAAUGUACAACAAGAGGGAGAGGUGGGCAGAAGCUUUCUUUAGGAACCAUUUCUUCGGUGGUAUGUGUACCACUCAAAGAUGCGAGGCAAUGCAUAGAAAUUUAAAAGGUGGGGUUAGUCGUUACAUGAGGUUGUGUGAGGUGUUGCCACGCAUGGACAAGAUAAUUGAACGCAUCAGGUUUAAUGGGCUUAACGAUGACUUCAAAUCAAUGAACUCGCACCCGGUUAUUGGCAGCCACAUGCGGUGUAUUCAACAGCAGGUUAGUGUAAGGUUUACCCACGACGUAUUCCUCCUCAUAAAAGAUCAAAUUCUUUUUGAGUCAAAGUUUCUCGUUGCUGACCGUGUUCGUUAUGAGAAUCAAGGAUCAACACUUCAUCUUGUAACCCAAUAUGGUAAACCUGAAAGGACAUGGCAUGUGACACAUUAUCAAGGUAAGCCCGACCUUUCUUUUGUAUGCUCAUGUCACCUCUUUGAGUCGGAUGGUAUUCCUUGCUGCCACAUCUUCACAGUCAUGACAAUGAAUAUGACUACCCUUCCAGAUUCUUUGGUUAAUCAGAGGUGGACAAAACAGGCUUGUACCAAAGAUACCAGCACCCUUAGUAGUGGAAUAAUGCCCGCCAAGGAUUUGCAGCUUGCCCGUUAUGGGCAAAUGAUGGGUGAUUGUGCUCAAAUCUGUCAUUCAGCUUCAUUCUCAGAUGAGGCAUAUGAAGAAAUCACUAACUGUCUUAGUCGACUAAUGGUUAGGUCCAAAACAUUCAAGAGAUGCAAUGAUAGUCAACCACCAGAAACUGUUGAUGGUCUACACCCUAAUGUGAUUAGGGAUCCGAACGUGUGCAAAACCAAGGGCACUCAUUCCAGGCAUUCCACCAGUGUUGAGGUUGAGAGGGAUCAGCCAGGAGGGAGGGGUUGUGGAUUUUGCAGUCGGCCAGGUCAUAAUAUUGAUGAGGAUGAUGCUUUCCUCAAUCAAACUAGCAGUCAACAUAUGUUGCAUCAUGUUGAAGAAUCUAGGACGUUUGACUUUUUUACCCGUCACGACACCUUUUUGGCUUCCUUGAGUGCUCCAUCUGCAAAUCUAAAUGGUGGGAACACAUUCGUGCAGCCUUUCUGA